AUGCGAGAGCCACCAUUGCCUUCAAUGCGGCGAAGAUGUGGUACCUCGAAGUUGGAAAGUGGUAUAUUCCUCGACGUACGAGCUAUUUUAGACUCUAAAAUAACGAAAGAAGGUUUCCUUAGUGAGCGGGUACGUUGCAGGCAUAGGGCCUUAGUCGGCGGAGUCGUGGGCUGGUCAAUAACUGUGGUAGAGCAAAAACGCUAG